AUGGACUCCUGCCCAACGCUGGCCCUCCUGGAGCGCGAUGCCACUGCUCCAAUGGCCAGAAACGUGGCGAUCCCACCAUACAACACACUGAACCACCUCUGGUCCUGCACCGUCUUCACCAUCAUCGCGAUGUUUGGACCCAUUCUUGCAGCCUCAGUAGUUCAGGGGGGACCCCGCGGGGCGCGUCCUGGGAGUGGGGUGCGGAGUGCAGAGGGCGGCGCUGGCCGGUGGUGGCCCCCAGAGCCGGACGACUGGGGCCUGCGCUGCCCCUCGCUGCCCCUCGCUACCCCUCGCUGCCCCUCUCUGCCUCUCGCCUCUCGCUGCCUCUCGCUGCCCCUGUGCUCCCGGCUUGAGGGCGUCCUCGAGCGGGGGACCCUGGAGAGGGAGGGCGCGGGACGGAGCCGGCGGAGCGCUGUGCCCGGGGAGGCUCGGGGGCGCCCCCGGGUGUUGCUGCGCUCGCUCGCGGUUGCAGAAAAGGGAAAAGGUCUGUUCUCGGAGCUGAAGGUGGCUGUGCCCUGGGGCCACAUUGCUGCCAAAGCCUGGGGUUCCCUGAAAGGCCCCCCGGUUCUCUGCCUGCACGGCUGGCUGGACAACGCCAACUCCUUUGACAGACUCAUCCCCCUUCUCCCUCAAGAUUUCUACUACGUGGCCAUGGAUUGGGUGGGCCACGGGCUGUCAUCCCACCGGAGCCCUGGCCUCCCGUAUUACGGCCAAGACUUUGUGGCUGAUAUCCGGAGAGUGGCAGCAGCCUUGAAGUGGAAUCGCUUUUCCCUCAUGGGCCACAGCUUCGGUGGCACCAUGGGCGGGAUGUUCUCCUGUGUCUUCCCUGAGAUGGUGGAGAAGCUGGUCCUGAUCGACUCUCUGCCCCUCGUCCUGGACUGCCACGAAAAGGAGAACAUGCUGAACUACAAGCGGAAAGUCAUCGAGCACGUGCUGCGGCUGGAGGUCUCGGGGAAGCCCCCGAAGGUGCUCAGUCCUGAGGAGAUGCUGCAGGGGCUCCUGAGGAACAACACCCACAUGAGCGAGGAGUGUGGGAGACUCCUCCUGCAGAGAGGAAGCACCCCAGUGGGCACAGGUGUGAUGCUGAACAGAGACCGAAGGCUCACCCUGCCGGAGCUGUGCUUGGACUUCAUCAGCAAGGACCUGUUCCUGCACUACAUCCAGAAGCUACAGGCCCGCGUCCUGCUGCUCAAAGCGUGCCAGGGGUACAGGAACCCCAGGAGGACGGACAGCAGCCACGAAGCCCUGAUUUUCGUCCUCAGCACACUGCAGUCUGUCCUCCGAGAGCAGUACCAGUUCGUGGAAGUCCCUGGCAACCACUAUGUCCACAUGAUUGAGCCCCAUCAAGUGGCGAAGCUCAUCAGCACCUUUCUACAGAGCGAGGGGGCCUCGGUCAGUGCGUAG